GAAGCCAGCGAGUUUAAGGCAUGCCAUUGGUACACGCUUCCUUGGACCGAUUGUUCUGUCGCGUCUAUCGGUAGUUUCCCGUCCCUCUGACCCUUCCCCCCCUUCGCGAAUCACAUCAGUGCCUUUACUAUCCAUCUACGCAUUCUCCUCCAUUAUUGAUAGAUCAAGACGGCGACAGCUGCGAUGCGCCUCUUCCUCGUUCCGAUCUCGACGAGACGAGCUCUGAUUUAUUCCCAGCCAUUGAGCAAGAACCUCGCGCAAAAGCUGUCGAUUACAGAUCGGAUUACCAACAAGGCUGCGGAAACAUGGGCCAAGUGGGAGGAAGCGGAUAAGGGUUGGAAGAAGCAUCUGGUGUCAUGGGGGAACGCUGUUCAACAGCGCAUACCGUUUGAAGAAUGGGGUCUCAAAAGCAUCCCAUCGUUAAAUGCUCAACGCCGGCUCAGUCAGUCGGAUGCAGAUAAGAAGGUGGACGUGCUGUUUCCGGGAAAUGCAAUUCGACGAGAGAAGCUUCGUCCGGUUCUGCAUGCCAUUGCAGUAGGGCGUCAGAACUUGCAUCGGAAUAAGAUGUGGUGGAGCUUUGUCAUAGCUCCUCUGACGGCGCCUAUUGCGUUGCUUCCAGUGAUACCCAAUAUUCCGUUCUUUUAUCUCGUGUAUAGAGGAUGGUCCCACUGGCGAGCCUUGAACGGCUCUCAGCAUCUGGAGUUUCUUAUAAAGAAAGACCUCUUGAAUCCAGUACCAUAUCCCGCACUCGAAAAAUUAUACGCUGAGCGUGUCUCGGGUGUCCUCAAGACAACUCAUGCUGAGAAAUCAGCCCCAGACGUCGUGGAAAAUAGCGACGACAAACUGCUACUUGAAAUGUCUGAUGCUAAACAAUUGGCUUCGAUACUCAAUGCGCCAGAGCUUGCACUGGAAGCAGAACGAGCUAUCGUGCAAGUCGAGCAGCAGCUGAAUGCACAGCAAGAGAAGCACAAUGUCGACUCGUCUAAGAAGGCCUGAUAAGACCAAACAGGCACAUCGGGAAAAAAAAAAAAAAAAAAAAAGAUACGACAUUACGAUCCCUCAUUGAUUAUCAUCUGAAAGCUUGCAUGUACAGUCACGCAAAUCUGUGGGAAUGGCGUGAAUCGUUGCAAUGUAAGACUAUACCUAUAAACAACAGUCAUUAUAGUACAUAUCAGCUACUUUCAAGGCCUUAUAUUUGCCUAAUCAUUGUGUUAUUCUUUAAAUAUAACACACUUCGGC